GUUUAAUAUAUUGUCUUGACCUCCACCUGCAACUCAGCUCAAUGGAGACUAUCUCUCAUUACAUCUUUGUUUGACGAGAUCAAGGAGGACUUGUUCACUGCCUCUUGUUUCUCUUGAUAUUUGUUGCUUCUAUUUUUCUUGUCCUCUCAUUUAAGGCACUUUCGACUUAUGUGGUACCAUUAGAUUUUGAUAUAGCAUCGUCUUCCACCCCCUGACUUACACCAACCAACCCAUCGUCGAUCAUUCGAACUGUCUACACUUGCAACUACGCGCCGGAGCAUAUCAAUUGCGUUGCCAUGUCUGGUUUCAGCCGCAUUGGCUUCAUGGCCAUUGCGGUCGCUUUCCAUUUGGUCUAUAUCUUUUCCAUCUUCGACAUUUACUUUGUCAGCCCGAUUGUCUCAGGCAUGCGAUUGUUCAAUGUUGAGCGUACAGCCGAUUCUCCAAAGGCCCCUGCGGAUCGCCUUGUACUAUUUGUUGGCGACGGUUUGCGAGCCGACAAAGCAUUUCAAGCCCACCCCGAACCAUACCCCGAGUCCGAUGACGACCUCGUCCCUCGUCCGCUAGCUCCUUACCUUCGCUCCCGAGUGCUUGAGCAUGGAACCUUUGGCGUAUCACAUACUCGUGUGCCAACGGAAUCCCGACCCGGCCACGUGGCCCUCAUUGCCGGCUUGUACGAGGAUGUAUCUGCUGUUGCGACAGGAUGGAAAAUGAACCCGGUCAAUUUCGAUAGUGUUUUCAACCGCAGCCGACAUACCUGGAGUUGGGGAAGUCCCGAUAUUCUGCCAAUGUUCCAACAUGGGGCUGUUCCAGGAAGGGUCGAUGCCUUUGCAUAUGGAGCUGAGCUUGAGGAUUUCUCCAAAGAUGCUACGGAGCUUGAUUACUGGGUGUUCGACCAUGUCAAGGACUUCUUCGCCGCAGCAGCGACGAACGAGACCCUCAAUACCGCUCUUCGCGAGGACAAGGUGGUUUUCUUCCUCCAUCUGCUAGGCCUGGACACAACUGGGCACUCUUACCGGCCUUAUUCCAAGGAGUACCUGCACAAUAUAAAAGUAGUUGAUCAAGGUGUGAAGGAGAUGGUCGAGCUCAUCGAGGGCUUCUAUGCCGAUGACCGGACUGCGUUCGUCUUCACAGCUGACCACGGCAUGACAGACUGGGGUAGUCAUGGCGAUGGACAUCCUAACAAUACCAGAACUCCUCUCAUAUCAUGGGGUUCGGGAGUUGCCACUCCCGUGUUGCAUCCCGAUAGUAUUGCCCCUGGUCAUGAUGAGUACUCUUCAGACUGGAAUCUGGACCAUGUUCGAAGACAUGAUGUUGCUCAAGCUGAUGUCGCGGCGUUGAUGUCGUAUCUCAUCGGCGCUGAGUUUCCAGCGAACGGUGUGGGCCAACUUCCUUUGAACUUUCUAUCUGCGAACAUAAAAGAAAAGGCACAAGCUUCCCUGGUCAAUGCUCAGGUCAUUCUUGAGCAAUACCGUGUAAAGGAGGAGAGCAAGAGGAACGUAGAGCUCCGCUAUCAGGCUUACGGACCUCUCAGUAAUGAGAACCUUGGCCCUGAGCAGCGCAUUGCUCACAUUCGCUCUUUGAUCGACGCUGGUCAAUUCGAGGAGGCCAUUGAAGAAUCAGACGCUCUGAUGGAACUUGGGCUUCAGGGAAUUCGCUACCUUCAGACUUAUGACUGGUUAUUCCUACGUGCUUUGAUCACUGUUGGCUAUUUGGGAUGGAUGACCUAUGCGACCACCACCGUCCUUUCCUUAUAUGUGGUCCAGGAGAGCAUUCCCCCUCAGCGCACAUUGCUUGGAUCGGCGUUCUUCUCCUCGGUACUUGUCGCUCUUUACUCAUCCUUCGUCGUCUCUAAAUCCCCACCUGCGUACUAUCUAUAUGCAUUUUUCCCUGUUUUGUUUUGGGAAGAGGUGUAUGCUCGAAGAGCCAGCGUUGCCAAAGGUUUCCAGGCUCUGUUUGGCAAUGUCAAGUCUGGUGGUGCGGUUGCAGCGCUGAUUUUCAACGUUGUCCUCUAUUUCGGUAUCAUUCAAUCUCUGGCCAUUGGAUACAUUCAUCGUGAAGUCCUGACUGGGCUGUUUGUCUUGGGUGCUUUCUGGCCAAUGACGCUGGGCGUUUCAUUCUUGAAGUCCCAUGUAUUCCUGACCCUGUUGUGGUUCAUUUCUUGCUUGGCUAUGAGUACUUUCACCCUUCUACCGGCGAUGAAGGUCGAAAAUGUAUCCCUGAUCUUGAUUGGCGGUGGAUUGAUGACUGUCAUCGGUCUCGCAUAUUUGGUUCUCGAAGAUUUUAUUCUCUCAGAUUUCACCACCUUCAAAAGCAAAUCAAAGCGUCUCCAUACAAGUCGAACGCUCCUUGGUACUCAAAUUGGCCUUAUCGUACUUGCCAUGCUCGUCACGCACUCCAGUGCCACUUCACUGCAAGCCAAGCUUGGUCUUCCAAGGGGAAACCAAGUAGUCGGCUGGGUCGUCUUGGUCGUGUCGCUUCUCAUGCCCUUGGUAUAUCGGCUACAGCCUAACAGCCACUACAUGCAUCGCCUUGCAAUCAUCUUCCUAACCUGUGCCCCGACGUUCAUCAUCUUGACAAUUUCAUACGAAGGCCUAUUCUAUGUGGCCUUCAGCAUUACUCUAUUGGCUUGGGUGCGCCUCGAGUACGCGGUACAUGCAUUCUCAAAGGGCAAAGCCCAGAACGAGACAGCUGUCGCCGAGCAGCAGAAACGUGAAUUGGGCACAUUUCGGCCAUUGACCCUCUCAGACGCACGGAUAGCACUGUUCUUCAUGGUUCUACUACAGUCAGCCUUCUUCAGUACCGGCAAUAUCGCUUCCAUCUCAUCGUUUAGCUUGGAAAGUGUAUCAAGGCUUAUCCCAGUGUUUGAUCCUUUCUCGCAGGGUGCAUUGCUGAUUCUCAAGAUCAUUAUUCCAUUUUUCCUGAUCUCAGCGAACUUGGGAGUUCUGAAUAAGAGAUUAGGUGUUGCACCAUCUGCGCUGUUCAUGGUCGUCCUCACAGUCAGUGAUGUUUUGACACUCUACUUUUUCUGGGUUGUCAAAGAUGAGGGUUCAUGGCUGGAAAUUGGUUCAACGAUCACACAUUUUGCCAUCGCCAGUUUCUUGUGUGUGUUUGUCGCGGCACUCGAGCUGGUGAGUGCAGCAUUCAUCGCCGGCAUUGAAGUCGAACAUGAAGAACCGGUUGCCGCGAAUGGCAUGAAGCCCAAGACAAACGGCAAGGUUCCGUCAAGGACACUUGCAGGGUAGCCAUGGGCAGUAAAUACUUCCUGCAAAGGGCAGUCCAAUGUACAAUAAUCUCUUGACAGUUUCAAGUCACCAGCAAAUCUAAUAUUCCCUUGGCGAAGUGACAUCAGGGUUGAAUAGAAUACGAGCAUUGAACCCAUGUGACAGUCAAUAGGGGCACAGCCUCGAGCUGUAUAGGGCUGAAGGGAAAGCCUAC